UUAUUUUACUUUUAUUUCAUUUAAUUUGUGUUUCGACGAGGUUCUGGAUUAAAGAACAAGUUUCUGUUUUCAUUCUGUGUGUAUCGAAGAAGCAGUUUGAUUGAUUUCUAUUUCGUUUUCGUCAAUGCUACCUUUGUAAUCGAUCCAUCACUUCUCUUAAACCUACAUUUGUUUAUGCUUUAAAUUCAUUUCCACUUUCCAGUCUUCAAUGUGCCGCGUGCUUGAUUCCAUGCAGAUUGUAGUGAGAAGAAGAGGAUUACAGUUCCUCUAAUUGAAGAAGAUUAUGUAAUUUUACUUAUCAUCUACUUAAAAACUGUGUUUAGUUUCUUCGCUUCGAUUGUGCUAUCUCGUUUCUAAUUGAUGAAAGAUGAACUUUGAUUUUGUAUACCAGUUCAUUUCCAGGUGGUUUCCUGUCAGCCCCAGGUUACAAUAUACAAAACAAUGAGCAAACUUGUCCCUAUCUGAUUCUGAAUAUGCAUUCUUAUAGUAUUACUUCCUUACUGUUUUAUAUAAUAGUGUCUACAUGUCAGAUAGCAUAAUAAUGAUCAAAUUUUCAAAUAUAUAAGCCAAAAAGUAAAGUGCUGAAAGAAAAAAUAUAAUGACCUUGUUUGAACAGGAUCCAUUCUAUUGGUUGUAUCCCUGUCAUUGGGUUCUAAGAAUGUAUUAGAAGAUUUAUAUAUUUGUUGAACACUUUGGCAUGGGUCAGUAAUUUCCCUUCUCCAUGGGGGAAACUAGGUAGCCGUUUCAUAGUUGCAGGGGUGUAGUGCUUUGGUCUCUAUCUCCCUUUCUCUUUAUCUCUCUCUUUCUGUAGGAAUUUCUUAGAUUUGAAUCUUCUAUAUGCCUUUUCUGUUGGGUAUCAACUUACACCAUUAAGUAGUUGAGAAUUUUUCUCAUUGUAAGGAUUUUUCUCUCUCUACAAUCCUCAAUGCUGCGCACAAUGGAAUUUUAGUUGAUGAAAUGAUGUAAUUUAAUCCCUUUGGGUGGUAUGACGUGUAAUGCAUCUUAUUUAAGUGAUUAAAAGGUCCUUGAUGCUUGAUGGACUAAUUGGAAGGUCAUGAUCUUUCUUGAACUAACCUACAAUUUGAAAUUACUUGAAAAUAUGUAGAGGAAGUAUCCUGAAUUAUAAUACAUGUUUUUGCUAACUAAUGCACACAGUUAGAUUGGGCUGAAAGUAGGUUGCAGUUGCAGCUCUAUUCAUAGGUGUGAACAGUGCAAACAAAAUGGAAAAGGAAUCAAAGGGGUCUCGUGUAAGGGAGUUCAUCAGGGAAAAAGUCCCAGACUGGGAUGACGAAGUGGUGGCUACUGCUCGGUUCAAGGCAUUUAGUGGGCAGAAAUCUGAUUGGGAACCCAGAUACCAAGUUUGGAGGGAUUUGAUCAUCACAAUUGCUCGCAAAUUCAACUUCAUCUUCAUAAAACCUUCUGAAAUAAAGAAUCAAUGGUUUUCUCGAGGAGGGUUGUCUCCAUUAUGCCUUGACCAUGUUCUGCAUGUAAUGUAUAUUGAGGGCGACAUUAUAAGACGUGGUGACAUGCUGGAUCCAAGGAGUGGCCAACUCUCCUACUUGUUCAAAAAAUUAAGCAAUUUGAUGGGUACAUCUAAAAAGAACCCCGACAGUUUGCUUCGUGAUGAUUACGUAGUUCUUGCCUGUGUAUUACAGGAUAGAGCAGCUGAAGUUAUCAAGUGUUUAUCUCUUAGUAAUUGGACCUCGUCCUGCAUUAUUACAAUGGUGAAGUUCCAAAACAUCUGUGGAGGACCUGAUGAAGCGACUGUUAUCUUGAGUUACUUGAUUGGAUAUGGUAAAGCAAGGUAUCUCUCUAAGGAAAAAAAGGAACUUCUAGAGGGUGUAAAGAUCUCUCUCACAGCAAUGACAGUUCCUGGCAUCACAACUCUCGAUUAUGACAUUUUGCACUUAAUUUGGACAACAGAAAAGCUUCAGCAACAACUUGAUGUGAUUGACCAGCGCUAUGAUGUGUCGAGACAAUCUGCACUAGCUUCUUUGAAGUCUGGAAACAAAAAAACCGCAUUGAAACAUGCAAGAGAGUUGAAGAUUACCACAGAAAGUCGGGAAAAAGUUGCAUCUCUCUUAAACAGAGUGGAGGAAGUACUAAAUGCUAUUGCAGAUGCCGAAUCAACAAAAACGGUUUCUGAGGCUAUUCAAAUUGGUGCUCGAGUAAUGAAAGAACACGAGGUUAGUUGGGAUCAACUCCAAUAUAGUUUGCAGGAAAUAGAAGUAAGCAUUGAUUUACAAAAGCAAGUUGCAAGUGCUAUAAGUACAGAUUCAGCUCCAUCUGGCUCAAUUCCGGAAGAUGAAGAUAUUGAGGAAGAGUUCAAGAAGCUUGAGUUGGAAGUAACAGCAGGCCAAAACCUUGACCCGUCGACAUCAGAAUCUGUGGUUAAUAUUGCAACUGGUGAAACAGUGGCUACAGUUUCUGACGAUUUAUUGAGCGAUGCAUUAUCAAAUCUAAAGCUAGUUGAAGAAACAGGAAACGUGACAGCGAUCCAGAAGUCAAAUUCUAAAAGCAAGUCGAAAAUGAUGGAGCUUGGCAUUUCUUAGGUGGGUUCUCAUGGAGCGGUUGACAAUGGCAAUAUCAGCCCAAUGUAACCUUCUUCUUUUGGUUGUCCUCUGUACUUUGUCAAAAGUCAGUGAAAUUGAUGUGCAAAAUUGUUACUACAAAAUCGCUGCUCUUUGUUCCUGAGUCAGCUAUUGUAUUACUGCUAUUGAUGUUUGAUCUUGAAAAUGUAAGAUUGAGAUUGUUGUAUAAACUUCAAAGCGUGAUUAAUUUCAGACCUCCAUUCUAAAAAACAAGGGGGGUGUUAAAUUACCAA